AUGGCUAAAUCAUUAGUCCAUACACGGACUCCGGGUCAGGAGAUGGCCCAAUUCACACAGAAUAUAAUCAUGGGUACACCAUUCGAGACGACAUCAAGGUCGGUCAACAGGAUUCAUACCUUUUUCCUGAGACGUUAUAACAUAGAUAUUCUCAAUUGGAACCCAUCGGGCUUGGUGUCUCUGGGCUUGUUUGGUAGGACCAUUGUGCAGCAUCAAAUUCUGCACCGGAGCGUGGCUGUGAAAAAGCUGACCGACCCAUUUAAAACGGCCACUGUUGCGAAACAUAUGUUUCGGGAGAUCAAAUUACUGAAGCAGCUCCAACAUGAAAACGUUUGCCUCCCUUCGUAUUCUCUCUCGAAUUUGGCCCUAACGAGGACCCAGAUUAUUCAUUUACAGGACAUCUUCAUCUCUCCGACCGAAGAUAUCUAUCUUGUGACCGACCUUAUGGCGACCGAUCUGCAUAGUGUUCUGAAAGCUAGAGCUGUUGACAGCCAGUUUACUCAGUACUUUAUGUAUCAGAUCUUGCGGGGUCUCAAAUACGUGCACUCGGCCGGUGUUGUCCACCGAGACCUCAAGCCUAGUAAUAUUUUGAUUAACGAGAAUUGCGAUCUGAAGCUUUGUGACUUUGGCCUGGCCCGUGUCCAAGAGGCACAUAUGACCGGCUAUGUCUCCACCCGAUACUACAGAGCUCCAGAGAUCAUGCUCACUUGGCGCCGAUACAACGAAAAAGUGGAUAUCUGGAGCGCUGGCUGUAUUUUUGCAGAGUUAAUCCUGGGAAGACCCCUGUUUCCAGGCAAGAAUCACAUUGAUCAAUUCUGUGUGAUUACGGAACUGUUAGGAAGUCCGCCUGAUAACGUCGUGGCUAAGGUGGCUAGUGAAAAUGUUAAUCUUAUCCCAGCAACUUUGAAAUUUGUCAGUUCUCUCCCAAAAAGACCACGCCAACCAUUGUCGAAGCUUCUCCCUAGCACCGAUCCAAAAGCAAUUGCUUUGUUAGAGAAUAUGCUCCAGUUUGAUCCAGACAAGCGAUGUUCUGCAGAAGAGGCAUUAACCGCGCCAUACCUUGCUCCGUACCAUGAUCCUGCCGAUGAACCGACAGCAACUGAAACAUUCGACUGGUCAUUUCUCGAGGCUGACCUGCCCGCUGAUGUUUGGAAAACAAUCAUGUACGCUGAGAUUCUGGGGUAUCACGAGAUACCAAACGGGUCAAUCCCACUCAGUCCACUCAGUCCAAAUACGGAGGGAAUGGAUCUCGGUUGA